AUGGCUUCGUGUCAAGUGCUGCUUCUGCUGCUCGUCGUCGGCGGCCACCAUUCGGAGCGCGAGUUCGGCGACAUCCCUGUCGUGAACGGCGUCGGCGAGAAUGUGACGCUCAGAGUGGAGGAGGAGGUCGUGGUUCUCAACGAAGACAACUUCCACCGCAUAGUGCUCUCCAAACCGCUCAUUUUGGUCCAGUUCUUCGCCCACUGGUGCGUCCACUGCCAGGCAUUGGCGCCGGAGUUCGAAAAGGCGGCCAAAGAGUUGCGGAAAGACGGCAUUCCUUUGGCCAAAGUGGACGCCACGAAAGAGGAGGCCAUUGCCCGCGAAUACGGCGUUCGCUCGUUCCCGACGCUCUUUGUGUUCGCGAACGGCGUUCACUCCGAAUACGACGGCUCGCGAACGUCGGCCGCAAUCGUGGAGUUCAUGCGCCGCAAAGCCGACCCCGACUUCCAGCCGCCACCGGAAGCCGUCCUUUCGCUCACUUCCGACGCGUUCGACGCUUUCGUCGCGAAACACCCGCUCUUUUUGGUGGCCUUCGUUACGCCCUCUUGUGGUCAUUGCCAGCGAUUGGCGCCCGAAUACGAACGCGCGGCCCAACAGUUGGCCGAAGUGUGGCCUCCGAUCCCGUUGACAAAAGUGGACGUUUCGCUCGAACGGGCGUUGGCGGAGCGCUUCUCCGUCUCCGCCUUUCCGACGCUUUUCGUGUUCCGAAAGGGCAAACACGUGACCUAUAGGGGCGGUCGCGACGAGACCGCAAUCGUGCGCUUUAUGCGCGCCCAACAGAACACACCCUCCAAAGUCGUCUCCUCAUUGGCUGAACUCCGCAAAGCGCUGACUCCCGAUUGGCCGACUGUUGUCGCCUUUCUCAGCGACUCCUCCCCCUUUCUGGACGUGUGGGAAGAGGCGGCGUUCGCGGGGAAAGAACGCAACUAUAAGUUCCUUCACGUGACCGAUGCGGACGUGACGUCAGCGGCCGGCGAGAGCGCGGACUCUAUUGUCGUGUUUUCCGGCCAAUGGUUUGAAAGCAAAACCCAUAGAAUGCCUUUUACCGCUUCCGUGACCGCCGACGACAUCUCGCGCUUUGUUUGGCAACACUCGCGCCCUCUCGUGGGUCUGCGGACGCCGUCCACUGAAUGGCUGUUCNGGCCGACUGUUGUCGCCUUUCUCAGCGACUCCUCCCCCUUUCUGGACGUGUGGGAAGAGGCGGCGUUCGCGGGGAAAGAACGCAACUAUAAGUUCCUUCACGUGACCGAUGCGGACGUGACGUCAGCGGCCGGCGAGAGCGCGGACUCUAUUGUCGUGUUUUCCGGCCAAUGGUUUGAAAGCAAAACCCAUAGAAUGCCUUUUACCGCUUCCGUGACCGCCGACGACAUCUCGCGCUUUGUUUGGCAACACUCGCGCCCUCUCGUGGGUCUGCGGACGCCGUCCACUGAAUGGCUGUUCGAACGGCGCUUCCCAUUGGCUGUCGUCUACUAUGACGUCGACUUCUCUCCCGAACACCGAUCACAAACGCAACUAACGCGCGCGCAAGUGGUGGCCGUCGCGCAGCAGUUCCCGAACGUGACGUUCUGUGUGGCGCGAGAGGAGGACUACGCGCAGGAGCUCCGGGAUCUGCAUUUGGAAGACUCUUCGGAGGACGUGAACUGCGCGCUCUUUCUGUCGCGCAAUCGCCGUUUCGCUCUUCCGCCGGAAGACGGCUUCUCUUCGGCCGUCUUCGCGCGCUUCGUGUCUGCCGUAUUGGAGGGCAGAGCGCGGCCAACACUGCGCUCGCAAUCCGUUCGCAAUAGCGGUGACAAAACGGGCGUCACGUCAGUCGUUGGCCUCAAUUUCGACCAAUUGGUGGUCGAGUCGCCCAAACACGUGCUCCUCAUGUUCUACGCCCACUGGUGCGCCCACUGCCAGGCCGUGGCGCCCGUCUUCCGACAGGUGGCCGAACACUACUCGGGCCGCGCGGACGUGUUGGUGGCGGCCAUCGAAGGGACGCAAAACGACUUCCGAGACGACAUCUUCGCUGAAGUGAACGCUUUUCCGGCCUUUUAUUUGUUGCGCGCGAAUCACAAGCAAAAAGCACUUAAAUUUGAAUCUCACGCGAAGCCAACACUCGAGUCGUUGACGCGAUUCGUCGACGAGACGAUUGUCGGCGCGCGAGACGAGCUUUAA